AUGAACAAGAAAAGAGAAGAAACUUUACAAAACUUGAAGGAAUAUUGGAAAUAUUUAAUAAUUAUUCAUCAUUCUAAAAUGAUGAAAAGGAAACGUGUUACUGAAUUAUUUAAUUCCAUUCCUACAUUGGAAAUGAAAAGACAAUUUAUAUUAGGAUAUGUCAUGAGAGAUUGCGGCUUUAUAUAUGGUAACUCAUUUGAAAAGGAUGAAGAUUUUAUGAUUCAAGUUUUGAGGAAUAAGAAGGGAAAGAUUUUUUUCCAAGGUGAUUUGUGGAAAGCAAAGACCUUUGUUUCUAAAGCUGUUAAAUAUUAUAGAGAUGCUCUAAAGUUUGCUUUAUGUACUAUUGAUUCAGAAAUAAUUUCAUCAUCUCUUGAGUUUAAACCUAAUUCUCUUCAGCAUUGUAAGAGAGGUAUUAGAAAUGAUAAGGAAAUAGUGAUGAAAUCUUUAGGGAAAAACUAUGGAACUAUUAUGUUUGUUGGAGAAAGUCUAUUAGAUGAUAUUGAUAUAUUGAGGAAAUGCUUAUCAAAGAGCAAAAAUUUAAAAACCUUGAAAUAUUCGAUGACUGAAACACUGUUAAUGAAAGAAAUUGUGAAAAGAUAG